UGGGAUUGUACAUGGCACACAGACCUUAACACGGUUGUGUUGGUCACUCGCAGGCGGCAAUCUUACUGACCGCCAGUCGAGACGGGAAUCUGUAGGAUGUGAUUCGAGGAUGGCAUGUCGAUCGGCAAGUGAUCACACAGAUCGUGCGGCUCUCGAGUUGACUGACUAUACUCGGGAGUGUUUAGCUCCCAUAAAUGGCGUGGAACCAGCUACAUCUUUCGAACAUUCGAAUUAAAUCAAAGAAGAAGAAACAAAAGUCUCUUUGGUCUAUUACAAUGGACAAAGUGGGCUGGAAUAUCGACUUCAAUUCUUCCGAUAUGAACAUUAAUCCAUCCAUCUUGCCGUUCUGUGACGUAAGACCAUUUCAACAGGGUCCAUCGAGGGACAGCAGCAUCGCAUAUCACCCGAUCCAGGCGCAUUGGAUAGCAAUCAUCUCAGGGCCCCAAAACCAUCCCAUCUACCGCCGGUUUGGGGGGUCAACCUGGUCCUGGAACGGCCCGACCCGAACCCACCGCUACCACCAAUACCAAACCCACCACAAGAGAACGGUCCCACGUAUAAAUGCGACUCCUGCAGAGGGAAGACAGGGAAAGUCGGGGGAUUUCCGACAAAGCAGGACUUCCUGCGCCACAGGCUCGUAUGCCGAAAACGCGCUCCGGCAUCGACAGAUCAGAAGACUCGGGAAGAGCCUCGCGCCCGAGGCGAGUCCUCUACGGAGCGGGGAGAUGUAAGGAAACGACAGGCCCUGCCUGUAGACCACGAAGUACCUUCAAAUGCAUGCUUGGGUAC